AUGCCCAAUACGGGCAAGCCAAGUCGAGACUGUCACCUUUGUCGCCGGCGCCGUGUCAAGUGUGAUCUGGGACGUCCCUCCUGCCAACGAUGCAUCAAGUAUGGCACCGAGUGUCCGGGCUACAGAAACGAACAGGAUGUUGUUUUCCGGAAUGAGACCUCACACACCAUUCGACGAGCGAAAAAGUCUGCGGUGCAGAAUUCUAGCUCCGAGUCUCCGGAAGCUGAUGGACCGAUUUCUUCAGCAGUCAUGAUAUUGCAUGACAAUUCCUCCUCGGCCUCAACGCCCACGGCCUCUUCUACAACCCCGUUUGCCCAGAGCCCUUCAGCAAUGUCUAGCGCGGCCUUUGCCUUGACUCCGACCCUACACGCGCGAGAGCUCAGAGAACCCUGGAGAACGCAUUCUAUCCCUCUACUAAUCAACUGCUAUGCACCUGUUGCAUUCUUCUCGGCCAUAUUCGAGAAGCUUACUUCGCCAAAUGAGCCGUUGAUCAUGGCCACACAUCUCUGGGCUCGAGCAUAUCUUGGCAGUUGCUUCUAUGCACCCCAAGACCGCCGGGAGACUGCUUUGCAUCUGGGAAACACGCUCAGGUCGGUAGCGCUGGCAAUUCAAGACCGCGACAAGGGCACGUCAGACGGCACUAUCCUUGCCGUUUGGAUCCUUGGCAUGUACGAGCUUCAAAUAGGCGGCAUCUCGGGCCAGAGCUCGCGGAAGUCUGCCUGGCACGUACACUUAGAAGGUCUCUUGAGUCUCUUGCGGGCUCGCGGCAAGGCACAGUUCUAUACCCCCUUCGGCCGCUACAUAUUCUGGUGUGUAUUUAUGACGCUGCAAACGGGCUGCCUAAUGGCCAACGAAGCCUGCCCCCCAGAAUCAGACGAAUGGGUGGGCCUCCUUGAAGAUACGAGAGACCCAGAUGAGGGCUGGUCACUUUUGGUUUGCAGGUACAUCUGCAAAGCGUGCUCACUCAUUUCUACGAUCUUCCCUAUGGUGUGCGAAGGGCUAUUCGAUGGGGCGCGGCGACACUAUCACUCCCUUCUCGAGCAGGUCUCUGCCCUUGAACAGGAGUGCUUUCGCUGGAUGGCCCAGGCCGCGCCGGAAGAGCUGGCGCCUUCGUCACACACCCACUUCUUCUGGAAUAUUUGGAGAAGUGCCCGACUGAAACUCCACAACCUCUUCUUCAUGCUGGCAAACCUCGUGCUACACACUCCCGCGAAUCGAAUCUCACAAACGGCGGAAGUAUUCGACAGCUUCAUGCUGGAAGCGACCAAAGACAGAUGCCUUGCCAUAGUCGCCACGGCUGCUCAGGAAACAAUCGACUCGAUACCUGUCUCUCUUGGUGGGAGGUCUCCGGAAUUUACGACAGCGACCUACGCGUCAUGGUUUGAGGGCAUGUCGCAGAUCUCACCACUGAGCCACGUGUACACGACGCGAACUGUGCCAAAACACUUGCGGAACACGGCGCGGCUCGCUCUGUUAGCGAUCGGCAAAGAGAGAGGUAUCCUCCAAGCGUUCAAGACGCGGCCUGGUGCCGUGCAGUAUGCCGCGGAGGCUACUGUGGGUAUCUCGCUCGAUGACACGAUGGAGAACGUUACUGAAGUCAGCUGAUCAUUGACCGCGCUGUGUACGAAUCGAGGACCACUGGCGGGGAGAUCUCUUGGAAACAUAAGGAACUUGUUUUCACUCGACUUCAUGUCACUCCACGAGUUGAGGAAAGGCAGGAUGAGCAUGAACAGAUUAUGUUUAGUUAAAAGAAUUAUGUACGUGAAGUUGGCUAAGUCAUGACUUUUUC